CAACUCACCAAUUCCAUCUAUAAACUCUCUAGUCUAGCUUCGUUUGCUAUUUCUUUUCAACAUGGGUGUUGUGACUAUUGAGAGGGAAAUUAUUAGCUCAAUCCCUGCAGCCAAGAUGUUCAAGGUCUUUGUCCUUGAAGCCGACACUGCUCUUCCUAGUAUUCUGUCUGAAGCUAUUAAGAGCGUAGAGUUCAUUCAAGGCAAUGGAGGGCCUGGAACCAUUAAGAAGACUACAUUUGUAGAAGGUGGGGAUUUCAAAUAUAUAAAAACCAAGAUUGAGACCAUAGACAAAGAUAACUUGACACAAAGCUACACAGUUAUUGAAGGUGAUCCAUGGUCAGAUUUGCUAGAAAAAAUUACAUAUGAGAACAAAAUGGUGGCUACUCCUGAUGGAGGAUGCAUUAUCAAAAGCACCAACAAGUUCUUCCCAAAGGGAAAUAGUGAACUUGAUGAAGAGAAAGUGAAGGCUGGAGCAGAGAAGACCUGGCUAAUCUUUAAGGCUGUUGAAGCCUAUCUCGCUGCAAAUCCUGAUGCCUAUAACUAAAUAUCGUCAGAAGCUGAACUAGCUAUCUUGCUUUUGUUAUUGUUUCCUUCGUUUCUCUUUGUUUUUGGGUGAAACUGUGAAAAAGCCAGACUACUUUUGGCCUUACAAUAAAAGUAUGUAUUUGUAAUUAAGUUUGAAAAAGAUUGCUUGUAAUUUCCAGUGUCAUAAUUAUAAACAUGUACUACUGUCUUUAUUUAUUAAACUGUUAUUUUCUUUAUUAA